AUGGCCAAGCUUCUUGGUGGUAUUGGGGAUAUUCUUGGCGGUCAAUUUUCUGUACAAGAGAAGAGAGAGGUGGUGGUGGUGCCCAGUUCUCUUGGGGCCUCACCUUCUCGAUCCGCUGGUUCACCCUUGGUUAAUCCUGGCCUAUGCUCCGGAUGGUUGAUUACUAGGAAUUCUUUGCUUUCGGAAGACACUACUGCCCAAGAGUGGAGUAGGUGUGUAUGUCCUCCGGUCACGAUGAGUUCACUUGUGGGUAAACCAAGUGCUUGCAUGGCUGAUGACCUUUGUUACACGACAGCCCAUACCUCUGUCCUUAUGGUUGUUGCCGCUGAACGAGUUCGCCUAGCCGGUGCGAGUCAGGGGCAAUUGAAAGUACUAUAG